UCUUCCAAUCAAAUUAUCAAGGAAGGAAAAAAGAAACAUUCUUAAUGGAGAGCACAAAAGUCGAAUCCUACUUUGUUUUCAUGAGCUAUGAUCCUGAAUACGAGAGACUUAGAACUCUUGGAACCAAGAGAGGGGCACACGAGCUUGAUUUGUACCUUAGUACAAAACACGAUGAGCUCUUAGCAAGUACUCUAGAGCCAGGAACCUACAAGAAGACAUCUUCUUUGGUCAUUGUUGAUGGUUUUGCAGUAGAAAUUACCCAGGAUCAGCAGGCUAAUGUGCUCAGAUCUGCAAAAGGGGUGAGGGUUGUGGAGAAAAAUGAAGAGCUGGUCUAAUGUAUAUAUCAGUCUUUUACUGAGAAAAGAACUCCAUGGUUUUGCUUAAUCGAGUUCUCUCAUUGUUCAAAGUUUCUUAUUUGUGUAAUUUGCAACGAAGAUGUGAACUCUCUAGGCAAGUUAACGUGUAAUGUGUUAGUGAAAAUUAACUAAGGUAGAUUAUUUGUGUGCAUGUUUUCAGUCUUUGAAAUUACGUUGAGCAUAAAAACGAUCAUAGUUUGUGAUUAUUAUCUGUGCCACUGCCAGAAUACUCUGUGACAGUCUAGGAAAAUCAUACUGUAUCUCACCGGAAAACCCAUUUUAAACAAAU